AUGGUGAGCAUCAGUGCCCUUGCUGGUCGCGUUCUGGACUUGCCAGCUGUUUUCCGGCCAACGAAGAAACACUGCGCGGUUCUUUGGAACGGGCCUGGUGAUGCCCGAGUAGUGAUUGUGGCUUUCACGCCUCGUGCGCAUGAUGGUGUGCACGGCGGUGGGGCGCCGCGAGACACCGCUCCCUCGAAGAAGGAGCUGUGCGCGGCAGACUCCAUUUCUAGUCUGGCGCUCGUACUUCUGUCAUCGCCAUUUGGCUUUGUGAAGAGCUUGGAGCUCUUGCCUGAGGAGCCUUGGAGUGCCGUUGCGGGCAAGGCCGGCAAGGACUCGGUGAUCGUCACGGACCUCAUUGCACAGUCUUUCAUCAAGAUCUUCAACAAUGCAUUUCUGAACACCAUCGAGAGAGUCCGGGAACCUCAUCUCUUGAAUGUGCUGGCAAACUUGCGGAAUUUUGCGGCACGGGUCCCUUCAAAAUAUCGGGGCAGCAUCGAGAAGGCACUGAAAACCGAAGGCUUCUUGUCCUUCCUGCUCUCUCGGGCUGCCGUGAGCUUGCUUUGUGCCAAGGCCACCCUCCCGCCCCAGUGCGAGCCAAAGAUCUCCAAGGAGCACGAGGAGCUGGCCACGGUCGUCGAGGAGCUCUACAUUGCGGCGAUGCUUCACGCUGAGGAUCAGUGGGACCUGGAGCUCAAAGCCGACGGGAAGACCUUCAUGGCUGUGGCCACAUCCUUCGUGAAGCAUCUGGCAGACCCUGCUCCUUUAAAGGCCCCCAACAUCCAGGCGGCUCUUCUAGGCUUGGAUGCAAAUCCGCUGAUAUGGACCAGGUACGGUUUGGAUCUGCUGGGCAUCUCAUUGGACCUAUCCCUCAGCAGUUACCAGGGUGCCACGUCUUCCCAAGCAGCCGACCGUCGCAAGGUGUCCCUGCUUGGGGGCGACUCUCUCUAUGCCACUGCUCAGUGGGCCAUGGCCAAGCUACACUCUCGCCCGUGCCGGAAGCUGAUUGCAAAGACCAUCGCAUCGUACAGCGAUGGACAGCUCCGGAAGCGCGAACUGUUGUGGAAUCUGGACCUGACAGUGAAGCAGUACCUAGAGAUUGAGCAAGUGGCCGGGGUGGCAGCGUUCUUCGGAGCGUCCACGGCCUGCGCAGCCUUUGUGAACAACGUCAGCGACGACAUCGCUCAGCAGAUGGCAGAGUUUGGGUCCGACAUCGGCCUGGUGGUCGGGCUGCUGAAGGAUGUGCGGACUGUGGGGAUGCGCAGUGCCCUGAAGCUGGGCCGCAUCUCUGCGCCAAUCAUCUUCGCAAUGCAGAAGGACCCCCGGCUGCGUGAGCUCCUCUCCUCGCGACUCAGCCAGGGAGCCUCCGACUUCGAGGAAGCACUGCGGAGAGUCAAGGAGAGCGGCAUGAUGCCUACGAUUCGGCUGGUGAACAAGCUGGGCGCCAGGGCAGCAGCUCGCUUGGAGUGCCUGGAGGAGUCUGAGGAGAAGGAGGCGUUGCUGACACUGGUCCGGGGCGUGGCCUGCUUGCCGCUCAUGGAGCAGAGUGGCAGCGAGGCCGUGGACGACCUCACGGGCCCGGAGGACGAGUCGGAUGCACAGAGCCGGAUCUUCGACAUGAAGGUGGCCAAUCUCCGUCUCAGGGCAGAGCUACAGCGGAUCCGCAGCUGCGAGCAGCGCUCGAGGGACAGGCUGGAGUCCAUUCAGCAAGUGGCCCGAGGGUUGGAGCUGCGGGCUCCUGCACGGCCGUCGCCCAAGGGGCUAGGCCUGGAAUUCGACUCCCAGGAGAUUGAGUGGCUUUUGAUGCGUGGUCUGGAGCGGCGAGCUCCCCUGCCUGAGCAGCUGGACUUGGAGUCUUUGCUGUCCUGCAUCUCCGAUGGCCAGGAGGAGGUUCAGCGGCGCCUCUUGGGCCUCAGCGAUGCAGCGCAGAGUCAGAAGCUGAAGUAUGCCGUCCAGGAGGUCUUCAGCAGCGGCGGCAAGCGACUUCGGCCAGCCCUUUGUUUGCUCGUACACUCCAUGCUGGAUGACUCCGCUGCGGCCUCCCAGCGAAGGUCAGUGUAUGCACAAACGGCAGCGGUUCCUGGUCAAGGUGCUGCCUAUAACAAGGUUCUAGUGCUGGCAACGGCCAUUGAGAUCAUCCAUACUGCCUCCCUGGUGCACGACGACAUCCUGGACGAUGCGGACACCAGGAGACAGCAGCAGACGAUGCAUCGGAUUUUCGGUCCGGACGUUGCUGUGCUCAGCGGAGAUUUCCUCUUUGCCCAUGCGUCGGGCCUCAUCGAGUCCUUGGAGGACGAUGAGGUAACUCGACUGGUUUCCCUGGUGAUCGAAGAGUUUGGCUACGGCGAGCUCUCUCAGAGCGCGAAGCGCUUUGACACCCAAGUAAGUCUGUUCAACUACUUGAAGAAGAGUUUUUACAAGACUGCAUCGUUGCUGGCUGCGGCCUGCCGGGCGAGCGCAGUGCUCACGGGCCCGCCGGGUGAGGUCUGCGACGUCCUGUACAGCUAUGGUUUCUAUCUUGGCCUGGCAUUCCAAAUCGCCGAUGAUGUUCUUGAUUUCGUUGGUGGGGAGGAGGAGCUUGGUAAGCCCACUGGCCAGGAUUUGCGGGAAGGAAACCUGACAGCGCCCGUCAUCCUCUGUCUUCAUGGCAACGAGGACUUGGGGAUGACCCCAGCGGCUGGAAGCAAGGAGCUUGCAAGGAUCAUCCAGAGGCGAUUCUGCCAAACUGGUGAUUUGGAGCGGGCUCUGCAGCUUAUUGAUGAGGGGGGCGGUGUCCAAAGAGCUUAUGCUCUGGCCGAGAAAAUGGCUAACAAGGCCUUGGAAGCCCUGUCGCUUGUAGCCCCUGCCGAUACGGAUGCCCGCCGCGCACUGGCGGGUUUGACAAGGUGGGCGGUGAGGCGGUCCAGCUGA